GAAUUUCGAUGGGCUUUGAGCAGUCUCGUUUUGAGAAUUGGAAAAGACGUUGCAGUUAUUCGAUAUGUAUUAUAAGCCUCUCUUUGUUCUGAGCUUCGUCCUUUUUGCGACCGUGUGCGCUCGUUCAGUACGCGACGUCUCCACUAAUGCCGAAGCUCCCACGGUUUUAAGUUUAUUUGAACUCAUUAACGAAAAUUUCAAAAAAUUUGGAAAUACCGUUUCACAAUCAUUUAACGCUCAAGCAUUCGAAGAGACCGGACGGGAUGUAGCUAAACAAUUAGAUGAAUGGGGUGCCAAUAUCAAGAAAGAGACAGAAAGUUUAAAAGACAAUGAGGCAGUGAAAAGUUUCCGAGCAACUGUAGACAAGGUUUUGGAUGAAAUCAAACAAUCGCCUGAUGCAAAAGCCGUUAUCGAAAAAUACAACAGUGAAACUGAAGUGCUUAAGACUGAAUUCGAGAAAUUUCAAAAGACUCAGGAACCUAAGCUGAAAGAACUUGCCCAAAAGAUUUUGGAACAAACUACCACAAGUCUUCAAGAUAUUAAAAAGGUGUUUGAAAAAGAUGUAAAGCAAUAAAACAGGUUAACAUUUCGUCGUAUAAUAUAGUAAGACUGGUUUAAAA